AUGGCGCUUACGCAGACGAAGGAGGAGGGCGACGAUUGCUAUCUCCCGCCGCCGGUGGUCAUCGGGCCCGACGAGGACGGUGUGAGAAAGGUUAUCGAGUACCGCUUAGAAGAGGGCGUGGUUUUAAAGGUGACCACGACCACCCGCUCCCGCUCUAAACUCGCCGCCAAGGAGCACCGUUCGUGGCCCAGGUUCGGCGACGCCGCCAACGACGACGGCGCCACCUUCCGCUCACGUAAUCCGCACCCAAACGUGCUCUCCUCACAUGAAGUCUUCCUUGAUCGCGCUGGGACUGGCAGCAGAGCUGCAAGAGGCGGUCCAGUGGCGGCCAUGCUUGCCGGCGAGCGAGAUGGUUCCGUGGUUUGCAGGACCUGCAAGAAGGGCUACCACUGGACGUCAAGGUGCCCAUACAGUGACCUUUAUUCCCAGCUGGAAGCCUUGGAUGAGCAGCCGAAACCCGCGUGUGAAGGAGGUCGCUCCGCUGCAUACGUGAGGCGGAGGAACCACGACAACACCGUCCGCGUGGACAAUCUUUCGGAGCAAGCCCGUGAUCCAGACCUUCUGGAGCUGUAUGGCGCGGUUGGCCCGGUUCGCCGCGCACAUGUCGUCGUGGAUCGCAGGACGGGAUCUAGCAAGGGGUUUGGAUUCGUAGAGUUCGUCCGCAGGGCAGAUGCUGAAAAGGCUAUCCGCACCCUCGAUCGUUACGGCUAUGAUCACCUCAUCAUCCGUGUGGAGCGACCAGAACGACGCGUCGGCUGA